AUCACUGCGUGAUGCAAAGAACCAGGUCUCCAUCUUGGACACCAAGCGAGGCAUGAACGUGGGCAUCUUUCUCAAACAGUUCAAGAGGUCCAACCAGGCCAUCAUUGACGACAUUCGCCGUGGCAACAGUGAGCCUUACAGGGCGGAACCUCUACGAGAGCUCAUGAAGCUUCUGCCCGAGGCGGACGAGGUGAAGAAGAUGAAGGCGUACACCGGUGACGUGUCAAAGCUGCCGUUGGCCGACUCCUUCGUGUUCAUGCUCAUUCAGCUCCCCAGUUACACCUUGCGCAUCGAGUGCAUGCUGUCCAAGGAGGAGAUUCCUGGAAUGUGCGAGGUCAUGCAGGCACAGAUUGGCGUCCUUCGCUCCGCAACCAAAGAGGUUCUGGACUGCCAGGAGCUGCACGCCGUCCUCCACUUGGUCCUGCAGGCCGGGAACAUCCUCAACGCCGGCGGUUACGGCGGCAAUGCGGCGGGCUUCAAACUCUCGUCCCUUUUGUCUCUGGCUGACACCAAAGCCAACAAACCGGGAAUGAACCUGCUGCACUUUGUGGCUCUGGAAGCCCGGAAAACCGAGGAGAAAUUAUUGGACUUCCCACUUAAGUUGAGUCACGUUCAGGCUGCUUCCAGGAUCUCCUUGGAGAUGCUGGACGCGGAACUGCAACGGCUGAGGAGCCGCAUGCGUGCUCUCGAAGAGAGCGUCCGCACGGACUGUGAGCUUCUGCAACAGCUGGACAGCUUCCUGCAGGACACAACGGCGGGGCUGUGCUCUUUGAGCAGCGACCGGCAGCUGCUGGGCAAGGAGGCCGACGAAUUUAUGGACUUCUUCUGCGAGGACGGCGACACGUUCCGACUAGACGAGUGCUUCGCCGUCCUGCACGGCUUCUGCCGCAAGUUCAGCCACGCUGUCAAGGAGAACAAAGAGCGGGAAGCCAGGGAGCAGGCCCGUAGCUGUCGCCUACAAGUGCUGGAGGAGCAGAAAAGACAUUCGUGGGCUGGCGGCGAGGAGGUGAACAGUCCCGUGGGCUUGAACUGCAGCAGUGAAACGGACCUUGUGGCGGCCAUGUUGCGACACGGAGAGGCCAGUGCCCUCCGGGAACUCCUGUCUCCGACGUCGAGCAGCUGGCGCGCUUCUCGACGCCGUACGGGACACUCCGGACACUCGCCGUCACAGCCGUCCUCCCCCUCUCCCACAAUGACGCUGACAACGCAAUACACCGACAACCUCAAGUGUCACGGUGACGUGGACGUCGCCUCCGACUUGGAUGACAACGGCCGAGACCACGGUGAGGCUUCGAUGACACUGCUGGAACGCCGUCGCUGCAAAACACCGUCCGAAGAUAAGAACGGAGACCAUGAACGCAACGUCUCGGCCACUGCUAACAACAACAACUUAGUGGUGCGCCUGGAGACCCGCUCGCUGGUUCCUGAGCUUAAGGCCUUUGGUGAGGUCGAUGGCCUCGUUUGUCUCCGAGAUGCCACCGAUCCAAGUGCGGAAGAGCCACGGGCUUCGGGAGUGGCGACGGCAGUGCAACCGGCGGUUGUGUGGUGCGUGACGGCCGUGUGUGAGACGGACUGUCUGGCAGAAAAGGAGCCGGCGUCUUUUGCCGCUCCGACCCUCUCCGAGCCCGUCAGCCGCCAACCGUCGCCUUCCUCGUCGCUUUGCGGCCCGCCUGCAGAUCCUCCUCAGUCGGACCGGCGAAAGAAGUCAGACUCGUCUGACGCCGUCGCUUCCACCAUGAGCGGGACCCGAUCCAAGCAGGUGCGCACCCUCAACAGCUCUGAGCAGCAAAGCAUGAGGAGAGUGGUGCCCAUCUCAAGGACUGGUAGAGAAAAGCGAGGAGAGAACCCCUCUGCCGCCCCGUCUUCCCGACGCUCCAGCCUCCAGCCCCGAGAUUCAAAGGAGCGCCGCAUUCCUGCAGCUCGAAAGCCGCCAGAGGAGAAAAUGUGUCGCUCCACGCUGCGAGCGCUCGGCGGCAAGGUCUGCGACACUCUCAGCGCUACCGUCGCUCCUCCUUCCGCCCCAUCGUCAGCCCCGGCUUUCGCCAGAAGCACAGCCUCUUCUUCUUUUAGACAAACGCAUGCUAGCCUUCCAAGAGCGAACAUCCUCAAACGUGCUUCUGAUGCAUCCUCCAAAACGCCCACAUCUGCCGGGCACCCUCGUGUCACCUUGUCUUCAUCCUCCUCCUUGUCCAAGAGGACCCCGAGUAUGAGGACACCGCCAAGCAUCAACACGCCGCCGAGGACCAGGAGAUCGCCAGGCAUUAGCAUGCCACCAAACAUCAGUCCCCCUUCGAGAAUCAGGACGUCUGAAAACGUCAAGACACCGCCGAGUGUCAGGACACCGCCGAGCGCCAAGACCUCGCAGAGCGCCAAGACUCCACCGAGCGACAGGACACCACCAAGUGUCAGGACAUCACAAGGCAUCGACACACCACCAAACAUCAGGCCCCCUUCAAGAAUCAGGACAUCUGAAAAUGUCAAGACCCCUCCGAGCGUCAGCACACCGCCAAGCGUCAGGACACCACCGACCGUAAGGACACCGCCAAGCGCCAAGACCCCGCCGAGCGUCAGGACACCAGCGAGCGUCAGGACCCCAUCGAGCGCCAGUACACCGCCGAGCGCCAAGACCCUGCCGAGUGUCAGGACACCGCAGAGUGCCAAGACCCCGACGAGCGUCAGGACACCACCGAGCGUCAGGACACCACCGAGCGCCAAGACCCCGCCGAGCGUCCGGACACCGCCGAGCGUUAGGACACCGCCAAGCGCCAAGACCCCGCCGACCGUUCGGACACCACCAAGCGCCAAGACCCCGCCAAGCGUCAGGACACCGCCGAGCGCCAAGAACCCUUCGAGCGCCAAGACUCCGCCGAGCGUCAGGGCACCGCAGAGCACCAAGAACCCGACAAGCGUCAGGACACCGCCGAGCGUCAGGACACCGCCAAGCACCAAGACCCCUCCGAGCACCAAGACCCCGCCAAGCGUCAGGGCACCGCCGAGCACCAGGACACCGCCGAGCAUCAGGACAUCACACAACACCAGACCCCCUUCAAGAAUCAGGACGUCAGAACCCAUCAGGACGCCUUCGAGUGUCGGGUUGCCUCCCGGCUCCACGGCUCCCGACUCCCCAGGCCCCACUCAAAGCCACAGGCUCAGCGGCAGCUUCUCGGACAAGUCUGGCCAAUCGCAGCAGUCUCUCAAGGUCUGCAAGCCCAGCUGGAGAUAACACAAGACAGAUAACAUAUAAAACAACACCACAAGCAGAUACUCUAACGAAACAAGCUGGAUAAAAGUUCUUUUGUACUUUUGUGGUCAUUCUGUGGUACACGAUGGUGUACCACGAUAAAAGGGACAACUUCUCCAGAGAACACAGUGAAUGUCUUGUUCGAUGAAUUGAUUGUGGACGGUGCACCUUUUAACUUGACUGACUGACGUGUAUUUGUGUAGUGUGUUUGCAUCACCGAGGAUCGGGUAGCAUUGAAGAUGUCACUCAGCUGUCUAAAAAUGUCUCAGGGGAUCCUUUGCCAUGCCAAGUGCGAAUGAUGAGAUAAAUCGUUAUUCUUUGAAUCAGUAACCAAGAACUGGAAUGGUCUGCCACUGAGCUAUCGUACAACCCUUAAAAUUCAAUCUAUUUAUGUACAUUUUCACAUCUUAAAAUGUGUAUAUCUGUUGAAUCGAAAUAAAACUUGUUGCAGCUCUCCCACAAAGCAAACAAAUCCUCUCUAAAGUCUAGUCAUGAAUCUCUAGUUCGAAUUCAUCCAUUGACACAUUUGCCAGUUGCAAAAUUGUCAAGAAGACCAGUCCAGACGCUUAAUUUCAUGUCCUUCGACAAUGUUCCUUAGUGCGGCAAAAACUCUCCUCUGUUUAACCCUUUCAGGGACAGCGGCUACUGCAAUGGACAGCCUACCGUGUUACCAGGUUACGGGGUGCAUGAAAGAGUUAAAAGCGCAGGAUUCCGCUUUCUCCACGUCUUUUUACUUUCAUGUGUUCAAGCACCGCAUAGCUACUUCCACCGCCACGUUCUCUACUUCUGUCCCAUCCUCUCCCACCCUGUCCUCUUGGUUGGUUAUGUCCCACAGAG